AUGAGUAGAGCCAGCACUAAGAAUUGCAGUUCAGAAACGGGACCUACUAGUGAUGAUAAUUUAUCAGCAAACUCUACAAGUGGAAACAAAACCUAUGGAGGUGGAAGAUCAUCCAUGGAUGUGUCACUAUCUGACAGUGAUCAGAGCAAUGUAACACUCUAUGAUCUCAAGACAGAAUAUGUUGAUGAGACUUCUGUCAACUUAACAUGGGCAGUGAACGACUCUGCUUCCAUCUCCUACAAGUACAGGAUAGAGGUUGUAAAUGGUUCCUUUGUUAGGAACCUGACAUCUGAUGUCCCCGCAGCUGGAAUUACAGAGUUACUCCCUGGGACGUUGUAUAUUAUCACAGUAUUUGUGGUAGCAAAUGAUAGUGAGACAGAAGGAGAAGGAUUGUCCGUAAUGGUGUAUACAAAGCCCAGCCCAGUCCAUGAUCUCCAGGCAGAAUUUGUUGGUGAGACUUCUGUCAACUUAACAUGGGCAGUGAACGACUCUGCUUCCAGCUCCUACAAGUACAAGCCAGUGAGCACUAAGAAUUGCAGUUCAGAAACGGGACCCACUAGUGAUGAUAAUUUAUCAGCAAACUCUACAAGUGGAAACAAAACCUAUGGAGGUGGAAGAUCAUCCAUGGAUGUGUCACUAUCUGACAGUGAUCAGAGCAAUGUAACACUCUAUGAUCUCAAGACAGAAUAUGUUGAUGAGACUUCUGUCAACUUAACAUGGGCAGUGAACGACUCUGCUUCCAUCUCCUACAAGUACAGGAUAGAGGUUGUAAAUGGUUCCUUUGUUAGGAACCUGACAUCUGAUGUCCCCGCAGCUGGAAUUACAGAGUUACUCCCUGGGACGUUGUAUAUUAUCACAGUAUUUGUGGUAGCAAAUGAUAGUGAGACAGAAGGAGAAGGAUUGUCCGUAAUGGUGUAUACAAAGCCCAGCCCAGUCCAUGAUCUCCAGGCAGAAUUUGUUGGUGAGACUUCUGUCAACUUAACAUGGGCAGUGAACGACUCUGCUUCCAGCUCCUACAAGUACAGGAUAGAGGUUACAAAUGGUACCUCUGCUUGGAACCUGAGAUCUGAUGCUCUCAAAAUUGAAAUUACUGAUUUAAUCCCUGGGACGAAGUACAAAUUCACAGUAUUUGCAGGAGUCAAUGACAAUCAGACAGAAGGAGAAGGAGUGUCCAUAAGCCUCUAUAUAAAGCCCAGCCCAGUCCAUGAUCUCCAGGCAGAAUUUGUUGGUGAGACUUCUGUCAACUUAACAUGGGCAGUGAACGACUCUGCUUCCAUCUCCUACAAAUACAGGAUAGAGGUUACAAAUGGUACCUCUGUUUGGAACCUGAGAUCUGAUGCUCUCAAAAUUGAAAUUACUGAUUUAAUCCCUGGGACGAAGUACAAAUUCACAGUAUUUGCAGGAGUCAAUGACAGUCAGACAGAAGGAGAAGGAGUGUCCAUAAGCCUCUAUACAAAGCCCAGCCCAGUCCAUGAUCUCCAGGCAGAAUUUGUUGAUGUGACUUCUGUCAACUUAACAUGGGCAGUGAACGACUCUGCUUCCAGCUCCUACAAGUACAGGAUAGAGGUUGCAAAUGGUACCUCUGCUUGGAACCUGAGAUCUGAUGCUCUCAAAAUUGAAAUUACUGAUUUAAUCCCUGGGACGAAGUACAAAUUCACAGUAUUUGCAGGAGUCAAUGACAGUCAGACAGAAGGAGAAGGAGUGUCCAUAAGCCUCUAUACAAAGCCCAGCCCAGUCCAUGAUCUCCAGGCAGAACUUGUUGGUGAGACUUCUGUCAACUUAACAUGGGCAGUGAACGACUCUGCUUCCAGCUCCUACAAGUACAGGAUAGAGGUUACAAAUGGUACCUUUGCUUGGAACCUGAGAUCUGAUGCUCUCAAAAUUGAAAUUACUGAUUUAAUCCCUGGGACGAAGUACAAAUUCACAGUAUUUGCAGGAGUCAAUGACAGUCAGACAGAAGGAGAAGGAGUGUCCAUAAGCCUCUAUACAAAGCCCAGCCCAGUCCAUGAUCUCCAGGCAGAACUUGUUGGUGAGACUUCUGUCAACUUAACAUGGGCAGUGAACGACUCUGCUUCCAGCUCCUACAAGUACAGGAUAGAGGUUACAAAUGGUACCUUUGCUUGGAACCUGAGAUCUGAUGCUCUCAAAAUUGAAAUUACUGAUCUAAUCCCUGGGACAAUGUACAAUUUCAGAGUAUUUGCAGUAGCAGCUGAUGGUGAGACGGAAGCAGAAGGAGUGUCCUUAAGCCGCUGUACAAUUCCUGCCUUAGUGAAUUCAUUUCAGUGUGAGCCACUGGCCAAGCAGUCUUCCUUAAUGCUAAAGUGGAAAUGUCCUUCUGGUAACAAUUCUGGCUUCAAAAUUAAAAUAUUUAAUGAUUCAUGGGAAAAAGAGGACUUGCCUCCAUCCUGCAUGAGAGAAGGCACAGAGGAAACCUUCAGAAUAGAAUCUUUAAGUUACUUCAGCACCUAUACUGUUACUAUUGCAACUCUUUCAAAUGGUUUUGAAAGUGAUUCAGUGCAGGAAACAUGUAAUACAAGCAUUACUGACCCACCAACACCAAACAAAGCUCCUUUAGUCAAGGCACUCAGCCACAGCUCAUUGUCUGUUGAGUUCUCUGAUUUUGAGUCAGUGAAUGGACCAUUACAAGCCUAUGCAGUAAUGAUCACAACAGAAGAACAAGGUUGUGGGUCACUGAAGUCUAAUUUAAACAACACAUACAAAGAUUUCAAGAAGAAGAUGACAGUCACCUAUGUAACGUAUGUCAUAGAUACAGAGCAGGCAAAAUCACCUUCUUCCCAUUCUCAGAAUGGUGCAAACAUCAUUAAUGUAGGCAAUGGAAACAAAAUGUAUGGCUACGAAAAUGGACCAUUGAUUCCACUUGGUUCCUACAGGGCAAGUGUUGCAGGAUUCACUAAUAUAACCUUUACUAUGGCCAACGUCAUUGCGGGGGAAGAUAGUUAUGUGUCAUUUUCACCCUGCUCUGAGGCAGUUUUGCUACCCCAGGAUCCAGGUGUUAUUGCUGGAGCCGUUAUUGGAUGCCUUUUAGCUAUAUUGGCUGUAGUUGCUAUAGGUGGUUUCAUAUUCUGGAGAAGGAGAAGGAAAGAUAAAAGAAAUACUGAAGUGUCCUUUUCUCCUAUUAAAGUCAAGAAAUCAAAAAUGAUUAAAGUGGAGAACUUUGAGUCCUACUUUAAGAAGCAGCAAGCUGACUCCAACUGUGGUUUUGCUGAAGAGUAUGAGGAACUCAAGUCUGCUGGUGUUCAUCAGCCCAAGUUUGCAGCCGAACUUGCUGAGAACAGGGGAAAAAAUCGAUACAACAAUGUCUUACCAUAUGAUAUUUCUCGUGUUAAACUUUCAGAUCAAAGCUCUGCAACUGAUGAUUAUAUCAAUGCAAACUAUAUUCCUGGCUAUAACUCAAGGAAGGCAUUCAUUGCUGCACAGGGCCCUUUACCCAAUACUAUAGAAGACUUCUGGCGCAUGAUUUGGGAAAAGAAUAUCUACUCUAUUGUUAUGUUGACAAAAUGUGUUGAACAAGCCCGGACAAAAUGUGAGCAAUACUGGCCAGAUGAACAAUCCAAGAGCUAUGGUGACAUUAUUGUGACAAUAGUCUCAGAGAUUGUCCUUCCAGAAUGGACAAUAAGGGACUUCACUGUAGAAAAGUCCAACACACCAGAGAGCCACACGGUGCGCCAGUUCCAUUUCACCUCCUGGCCAGAUCAUGGAGUGCCAGAGACAACAGACCUUCUCAUCAACUUUAGACACCUUGUUCAUGAGUACAGCAGUCAAAAUCCAAUUGACUCUCCUACGCUGGUGCACUGCAGUGCUGGUGUUGGCAGGACAGGGACGUUCAUUGCCAUUGACCGCCUGAUUCAGCAAAUGGAAAUGGAGAGCACAGUGGAUGUGUACGGAGUGGUGUACGACCUUCGCAUGCACCGGCCUCUCAUGGUGCAAACUGAGGACCAGUACGUCUUCCUAAACCAGUGCGUUAUGGAUAUUAUUAAAUCCCAGAAAGACAAGAAAACUGAUCUUAUUUACCAAAACAUGACAGCCAUGGCAAUCUAUGAAAAUUUCACACCUGGGCCAGGCUUUGGGAAGGCCAAUGGCUACCACACAUAGUCUGGAAGGAUGCAGUGUCUCCGGGUGUUACCUGCACAUAGGAAAGGCAGAUGUUCCACUCUUGUGUUCCAGGAUUGUGUGCAGCAUCUCGCGUCUGGCUUCUCCAGUGCUGUCUGCAUUCAGAGAGGUGAUCUGCAGGAGGAAAAACACAAUGCUGGCAGGAGCCACAGAUUCAGAUUUGAAAA